UUCUAGACGUGGCAACUCAUCAUUGGUAACCAGCACACUCCCCUCUCCAACUCCUUUACUCAAUGACUCGAAAUCUCACUCUAAUUUUUCCACACUACCAGAGAUCCGAUCUAUCAAACUGCACAAUUUUCCCGGAAAAUCCAUUAACGAGAAAAUAACUCAUUUCCCAUGGCAAACGCAUGGAAGCGAGAACACAGCAAAACCCAAAAGCUCCUCUCACCCAAAACCCUUCUUUCCCUCCUCAUCCUCAUCCUCAUCUUCUACCUCUGUUUCUCUUUUCUUUCCCCUAAAAACCCCACCUUUAUCCCCACCACUGCAUCUUAUAAGACCCAAAUAUCUACCCAAAAUUUCCCAAUCCCUCCUUUUAAUUGCCGCAACUCCCCGCAAUCUCAUCCCAUUAUUGCCAACCAAGUAGAAAAUCUCAAAUACCCUUUUAUUUACUCCUUAGCUGACUUAGGCUCCCUCCCUGACAAGCCUCACAAGAACAUCGUCAGAAUUCUUAAAGGUAAGCCCUUUCGUCGGCCUGACAUCUCCGCCACUGUUCAGGAUUUUCUGGAAGGGAAAAACAGGGAUGGGUUUUUCGUGGAUGUCGGGGCCAAUAUCGGGAUGGCCAGUUUCGCCGCAGCUGUUAUGGGGUUCAGGGUGUUGGCUUUUGAGCCAGUUUUGGAGAAUUUGCAAAGGAUUUGUGAUGGCAUUUGGUUUAAUAGGAUUGAGGAAUUGAUUACUGUGUUUGAAGCAGCCGCAUCUGACCGUAAUGGAAAUAUUACUUUCCAUAAGUUGGUUGGCCGGCUUGACAACAGUGCCGUUUCUGCUGUUGGUGCAAGGUUGGCAUUCAAGUCCAAUGAAGAAAUAGCAGUUCAAGUGAGAUCCAUCCUUCUCGAUGAAGUUAUCCCAGAGUCAGAGCCAGUGCUUCUGCUUAAAAUUGAUGUACAGGGAUGGGAAUACCAUGUAUUGAAGGGAGCCAAAAAGUUGUUAUCGAGGAAAAAAGGUGAAGCCCCUUAUCUAAUCUACGAGGAAGAUGAACGACUGUUGCAAGCAAGUAACACUACCGCCAAAGAGAUACGGGAUUUUCUAAGUGGUGUGGGUUAUAGUCAUUGCACCCAGCAUGGUACAGAUGCUCAUUGCACCAAGAAUUAAUGCAAGUAGCACGAAUUUUCCACGGAUGACAACCUUACUGCAAAUCUGUUGUUUUGCAUGCCAUUUUUCUUGGCUCUCAGACAGUGGAAUGCAGUUCAUCCCAAUACAAAUUUCUUCAUUUUUUUUAUGAUAGAGAAGUUGAACUGAAGCCGAUAAAAGGUUCUAUCGUCAACCCUCUUUUCUCUUCGCAAUUGGCUGGUUAAUGGCAGUUUCUUCUUUUGUAAUUUCCAUUUAUAGAUCUGUUGUUUGAUUAAAUUUCUAGUAAACAAAUUGAAGCUAAGGUUACAAACCUUGAGUUAGGAAAGAACUGUUUUACUUUUUUUUUUUCUGAACUUCCCACAAAAUCUGUUUCAUAUUAAUGAGAAUAUAUUACAAUUGGCCAAAUAUAAUACCUCUAAAGACUGCAAAAACCUGAACUAUAUAAUAUAUACAUCCUUGAGUCUUACAUCAUUUAUAGUUGAUUGUCUGCAAUUGCAGGAUAGUACAGAUUGUGAAUAAAUACAUGACAGAUCUGAUAUGAAAACCAUGUGCAAUCUAGAGACAAAAUAUUCACUUUGAUGCUUCAAAUGAUGGGUAUGGCUAGUUUUAACCUGUAUAGCAAGAGUUAAAGACAUACGUGUAAAGAUCAUUACAAAAUUUGCUUGUUGGACUUGGGAAAAUGUCAUACCUUAUGCUCCUGAAGUUUGAUAUCUCAAUAUCUCCCCAUCAUGUAACUCCAAGUCUUCAGGAUUAUUUUGGGCCGCUAGUUUGUGAAGGACCAGCUCUUUCUACCAUUACAUCAUAGAGUUGCUUUCCGUU